CAGAUCCCGCCAAGAUGUACAACGCGAGAUCGCGUGGCAACGCUGCCAACGAGGGGAUUGCCCCCAAAAGAAUGCUCACCAUCGGCGCCCUGCUCCUCAUCCUGGGCGUUGGCCAGGUGGCCGCCAUGUCGCUGGAUCGCCUGGCUCUCGAGAGGAACGAGCUGCCCGCCGAGCAAGCGCAUCAGCAGCAGCAGCAGCAGCGGCAGCAGGAUGUCCUCGUGGACGACAUGAAACUGACCUCCAUUCCCUCCGCCGACUCCUCGGACAUGUACAUGCUGGUGCCCGAGACGGUGGCCAGCCAGCUGGAAGACACCGAGCAUGUGAAUCGCAACUCGAUUGAAGCCAAUCCCGAAGUGGAUCCCUCCAGUUCCGCCGCCUCCGACAUGCUGAUGCUGGAGAGCGACUCCAGUCCAGCCAUGCAGUUGGUCGAGCUGCCCAGCGACAUUACGGUGGCCGAAUCCCAGCCAGAAACGGAGCACGAUCUGGACAGCGAGCAUCAGCAGCCCGAGUCCAUCGAGGAGCAUGUGAUCUUGAUGAAGCCGCUCAGCCAGGAGGCUCAGCUGGAGCAAACGAUGGACUUUGCCACUGAGGCGGCACCAGUUCCCCUCCAGGAUGAUCAGGCAGAGGAUGAGGAGUCUCCAGCUGCCACUGCCACCGAAACUGUGCUCGAGGAGUCGGAGAAGGAAGCCGAGCCACAUAUGGACGAUCAGGUGCCCGAGGAAUCGGAAACUCAGCCGGAACAGGUGCAGCCAGAGGAGUCCCAGCCGGAACAGAAGUUGGAGCAUGAGGCUCAGGCAGAGAUUGAAGCUCAGCCAGAGGUUGAGGGCCAAUCAGAUAUGGAAGCCCAGCCUGAAGGUGAUUCCCAGCCAGAGGUUGAGUCCCAGCCAGAGAUUGAGUCCCAGCCAGAAGCCGAAUCCCAGCCAGAAGCCGAAUCCCAGCCAGAAGCUGAGUCCCAGCCAGAAGCUGAGUCCCAGCCAGAGGUUGAAACCCAGCCAGAAGCUGAGUCCCAACCAGAGGUGGAAGCCCAGCCUGAGGCAGAAUCCCAGCCAGAAAAGAACCUCGAAGCCGAAGCCGAAGUGGAGAAAGCCAGCGACAACGAGGUGGACACCACGGAGGCAUCUCUGAUGGAAACCCUGGUGGAGGGCCUUGAAGAUGGUCUGACCGCCGCCAUGGACAACCUGGUGCCCGAGGAACUGGCCGAGGCCACUGAGAAUAAGGAGCCGGAACAGGAAACCGAGGAGGAGCAGUCACCAGUCACCGAAGCCAUCGAGGAGCAGGCAGUCCCGGAAGUUGAGCAGGAAAAGGAGAAGGAACCCGAGCAGCUCACCCUGGCCGAUGAGCCGGAGGAAGAGUCAGUCCCAGCCGCGAAUGCCGAACCAGCGGAGGUUGCUCCAGAGCAGCAGGUGCAAGAGGAGAUUGCUCCCGCUGAAAUUCCCGAGGAAGCCAAGCCUGAGGAGGAUGUUCCCAAGGAGGAUGAGGCUAAGCCUGUAGAGGAAUCCAGGCCAGAGGAGGAGGUCAAGGCGGAAGAGGAAUCCAAGCCAGAGGAGGAGGCCCAGAAUGAUGCAGAGAUUCAGCCUGUGAUAAGUGAAAUGAAACCUGAGGAAAUCGCAGCUGAAGUUCCUGCUGAGAUUCCUGCUGAAACCCCCGCCGAAGUUCCCGCGGAAACUUUUGCUGAAAUCCCAGCUGAAACUGCGGAUGAAACUCCUGCUGAAGUCCCAGCUGGAAUCCCAGAAGAAACCCCUGCUGAAAUCCCAGCUGAAACUGCUGAUGAAACCCCUGCCGGAACCCCUUCUGGAACCCCUUCUGAAAUUCCUGCUGAAACUCCCGCUGAAACCCCCGCUGAAACUCCCGCUGAGAUCCCCGCUGAAACUCCCGCUGAGAUCCCCGCUGAAACUCCAGCUAAAAUCCCUGCUGAAGUCCCAGCUGUAACCCCGGCUAAGACCCAAGACGAGAUCCAAUCCGACUCUACCCAAACCGAGCCUGAGGCGGAGAAGGAAACCAAGCCCGCCGAAUCCUCCCUGCUGACCACCAUCAUUCCCACGGUGGUGGCCCAGCCCCAGGUGCCAUCGCAGCCCCUCCAGGUGCAGGACAGUGUGCUCAACUACGUCAACGCCUCGUUCCUGCAGCAGCAGCCAUCGGAGACGGAUCUGCCCAAGACGGAGGAGGAGUCCCCUGUCAAUGCCCAUCUGAGACGCUACGAUGGCGCCCAAGUGUGGCGCAUUGUGGUCCAGACCGACAAGGACAAGCGCAUGGCCGAUGAACUGCAGUCCAAAUACGAUGGUCAACUGUGGAAGGAGGUCAAGCAGGAGGUGGACUAUCUGCUGAAACCCCAGGUUUUGGCCGCCGCCGAGCGCCACAUUCGCGCUGCCAAUCUUUCCCGCAUUGUUCUGAUCGACAACCUGCAGCACGUCAUCGAAAAGGAGAAUCCGCCAGCGGAGAAGAUCGCCGAGCUCCAGAACAGAAAGGGACACCGGCUCACCUGGCAGGCCUACCACCGCCUGGAGGACAUCCACGGCUUCAUCGACUACAUGGCCAAGACCUAUCCGGAUAUUUGCUCCACGGAAGUCAUUGGCUACUCGGUGGAGAAGCGACCCCUGAAGAUUCUCAAGAUUUCCAAUGGCAAUGCCCGUAAUCCCGGCGUCUGGAUCGAUGGUGGCAUGCAUGCCCGCGAGUGGAUCAGCCCGGCGACGGUCACCUACAUCGCCAACCAGCUGGUCGAGGGCUGGGAGGACCUGCCCGAGCACAUGCGCAGCAUCAACUGGUACAUCCAUCCGGUGGCCAAUCCCGAUGGCUACGAGUACUCCCACACCACCGAUCGCCUGUGGCGCAAGAACAUGCGGGCCCAUGGCCGCCAGUGUCCCGGAGUGGAUCUCAACCGUAACUUUGGCUACAAGUGGGGCGGCAAGGGCACCUCGGCCAGUCCCUGCUCGCAGACCUACCGCGGCAGCAAGGCCUUCUCCGAGCCCGAGACCUUCUACAUCUCCAAGUUCAUCAGCGGAUUCCCCAGGGAGACCUUCCAGGCGUACCUCUCGUUCCACAGCUACGGCCAGUACAUCCUCUACCCAUGGGGCUACGACUACCAGCUAACCCAGGAUCGGGCCGAUCUUGAUCGCGUGGCCCGACAGGCGGGAACGAGCAUCACCAAGUCGACGGGAGUGAAGUACACGGUGGGAUCCUCCGCCACAACCCUGUACCCCGCCGCCGGAGGCUCCGACGAUUGGGCCAAGGGCAUUGCGGGCAUCAAGUACGCCUACACCAUCGAGAUGGGCGACACUGGACGCUACGGCUUCGUCCUGCCCGCCCGGUUCAUCCAGUACAAUGGCAAGGAUGGCGUGACCUUCGCCGACACGGUGGCCCGGGCCAUUGCCCAGGGACGCGGCAAAUCGGUGGCCAGGAACGGCAGUGGCAGCCGGAGGCGUCGCCACUAGUCCAGUCCACUUAGCUCAAUGCGAUUUUUUGUAAAUCAUCCUAAUGAUUUUUUUUUUUGCUAUUUAUAUGAAUACUAUUUAUUUAUUUAUUUAUUCUACUUGUAACUAGACGAAUUGAACACACACAAAAGAACACACAAAAACAAAACAAAAAACUCAUCUAAAUAGACUGAAAAAUGUUUAUUAAAAAAGUAAAAGAUUAAAAAUUAAAACAAAAA